AUGGGCUCCCGUCACGUCCCGCCGUCGCAGGAGGACCCCGCCACCGGCGUCGCCACCACUGACGUCGCCGCCACCGCCGUAACCCCCGCCGUCCGCCUCCACCUCCCCAAACUCACUUCUCCGCCGCCGCCGGAGAAACUCCCCAUCCUCCUCUACUUCCACGGCGGCGGAUUCUGCGUCGAAUCCGCCUUCUCCUUCCUCCACCACCGCUACACCACCACCCUCUCCGCCGCCGCCACCGCCGUCGUCGUCUCCGUCGAGUACCGCCUCGCGCCGGAGCACCCCCUCCCGGCGGCUUACGACGACGCCUGGGCCGCCCUCACCUGGAUCGCCGCCGGCAACAACCACCCCUGGAUCGCCGGCCACGGCGAUCUCACCCGUCUCUUCGUCGGCGGCGACAGCGCCGGUGGGAACAUCGCCCACAAUUUAUUGAUUCGGGCCGGGUCGGAGCCCCUACCCGGAUCCGUCAAAAUCGCGGGAGCAAUUCUCUGUCAUCCUUUCUUCUGGGGUUCGAAUCCCAUCGGAACGGAGCCGCGGGAGAACGUCGAUCGGAGCUUCUGCUACAGACUUUGGAAAUUCGUUUUUCCGGCGGCGGAGGGAGGGAUCGACUGCCCGAUGAUAAAUCCGGUGGGCGGCGGGUCGCGGAGGCUGGCCGGGCUGGGUUGCCGGAGAUUGGCGGUGUGCGUGGCGGAGAAGGACGUGCUGGCCGGGAGGGCGGUGGCGUACGCGGCGGAGGUGAGGGAGAGCGGGUGGGAAGGGGAGGUGGAGGUCGAAAAUGUCGCCGGAGAAGAACACUGCUUUCAGGUGGAUAAUCCGGCGACGGAGAAGGCCGGAAAACUCAUUGCCUGGAUAGCUGAUUUUAUCCGGCGCUGCAAUUAA